AUGGCCGCCAACAGAUUUGCUACCUUGCUGCACAGAAAUACCAACAAAAUCACGCUAAUCCUCAUAUACGCAGUUCUCGAGUGGAUUUUGAUACUUCUUCUGCUGUUAAAUUCUUUGUUUUCCUAUCUGAUCCUCAAAUUUGCGGAGUUUUUUGGGCUUAAGCCUCCAUGCCCCUGGUGUGCUAGAAUCGACCAUGUCUUUGAGCCUGGCAGAGGGGAUAAGAGCAUGAAGAUUGAUUAUCUCUGUGAAUUUCAUUCUAAGGAGAUUUCGAAGUUGGGUUUCUGUUCGAAUCAUCAGAAGCUGGUGGAUUCUGGAGAAAUGUGCGAGGGUUGCUUGUCCUCGAGGCCGGAGUUGGAGGGAUCGCCGAGGAAUUUCGGUUUGUUUGAAAAAGUGAGAGAGUUUGGGAAAUUUCAGAGUGAUGCUGAAAAAGUAGAUGAGAAUGCUGAGGUAUGCUUGAACUGUUCUUGUUGUGGUGUGAGCUUGGCCAAUAAUGAUAAAUAUUCGUCUUAUGUAUUGCUAAAAACAUCAUCCUGGGACGACGACGUCUCGGAAUGUGCCCAGAAAGAAAAUCCGGUUGGCGAGGAAAGAGAUUAUGAGGAUAAUCUUGUUCAUUUAGUGGAUUUUUCAGCUGAUUUGUGUGAUAAUGUAAAGAUAUCGGAAAAUAGUUGUGAAGGUAAUGCGGUUCCUGAGUUCGAAAGUUGGGUGAUUCCUGAAUUUGAAGAAAAUUUGGAAAUUACUGACAGGCGGACAGAAGAAAAUGGCUAUGUUUCUGUAAAUGAGAAAGAGAAGGAAGUUCUGGAAGAAAAAUCAACUCUGAUAAUGAAAGAUAAGUCUGUCCAAGUGUGUGUUCAAGACGAUGCUGCUGUUGAUAUCUCCCCUCAGCAUCUGGAAUUCUUUCUGGACUACAGCGGUCAUAAAUUGGUCCCGGUUGAAUUAAUCGACUCGGUUUGUGAAGAACACAAGAUUGAGGAGUAUGUAAAGAUUGAAGGAGGUGAUAUUGCCAAAGAUCAAGAACAAGAAGUUUAUGUGGAGUCUGAAGUUGGGGUUCAAGUAAAAGAGGAGGUGGUGGUGGUUGAGAGUGAAGGCCAACAUCAGAGCACAUUUCUUGAUUUUGAUAUUAAUGAGGUACCUAAAUAUGCCGUGCUCGACUCCAUGGACAUUGAAGAGGAUGAGAACUCUCUCGUGUUUCAUGCAAAAGGCCCUUAUUUAGAGACAGAGGAGUUUGAUAACUGUAGAGUUUUUCCAUUUUCCCAGUGGCCUUUGGAGGAGGGAAGUGAUGUUCAGGAACACGCUGGAGCUGAAAGGGAGGAGCAUUCAGAUGUUCAAAGAGAUAAUUCUGCCGCAUGUGAAGAAGUUUCUCAGGUGAACAAUGAAAAUGAAGCUGUUGUCUCAAUAGGGACGGAGAUUCCCGACAUAGAUAUAACAGAUGAAAUGCAAAUCCAAAUCUCUGAUCAUACACAUGAAUCCCUUCAUGAUGAUUCUUUGACAAGUUCUGCCAAUCUGUGCCUAGAUGAUGAUCAUGGCCCUGAACAAAUUGAGGAACAAAUGGUGGAAACACAAUCUCUUUCACCCAUUAUCGAUACGAAUCACAUGACGAACGACGAACAAUGGGUUCAAUCAGAAGUAAAGGAGGUCGAAGAAGAUAAGGCUCCUGACACACCAACUUCCACAGACAGCCAAAAUCUCGAAAGAAGUUCUUCCCUACUCGAGAAAAGGGAUUCUGUGGCCGAAGAAUCACUAGACGAAAGCGUAACAAGUGAACUAGACGGCCCUGUCACCAUUGAAAGCUUAAAAUCAGCCUUGAGGACCGAACGCAAGGCUCUGCAGGCUCUGUACGCAGAGCUUGAAGAGGAAAGAAGUGCUUCGGCAGUUGCUACAAAUCAAACAAUGGCAAUGAUCAAUAGGCUGCAAGAAGAAAAGGCUGCAAUGCAAAUGGAAGCUUUGCAGUACCAGAGAAUGAUGGAGGAACAAUCCGAAUAUGAUCAGGAAGCUUUGCAGCUCUUGAAUGAAUUAAUGGUGAAGCGAGAGAAGGAGAAGCAGGAACUGGAGAGAGAGCUCGAGGUUUACAGGAAGAAGCUUAUGGAUUACGAGACGAGAGAGAAACUGAGGGUUUUGGGCAAAAGCAGAGACGGGAGUGUGAGGAGUAUAUUCUCGUCCGCUUCCUGUAGUAAUGCUGAGGAUAGUGACGGACUAUCCAUUGAUUUGAACCAGGACGUGAAGGAAGAAGAUGGACUUUAUUCGAAUUUGGAUUUUACGAACCAGAGCACGCCCAUUAAUGCAGUAGUAAAUUUGGAAGAGUCGUUGGAGGAUUUCGAGGAUGAGAGGCUGUCCAUUCUCGAGCAGCUUAAGGUUCUCGAAGAGAAACUCUUGACGUUGGAUGACGCAAAUGGGCAGCACUUUGAGGAUGCGAAGGGAAUUGACAAUGCGGAUGAAAAUGGGCAUUUAAAUGGUGAAGAGAAUGGUCAUUUAAAAGGUUAUCCUAAUGGGAAGCACGAAAAACGCAGAAGAAUUGCAGGUCAGAAUGGAAAAUCACUUCUUCCACUUUUCGACGCGAUUUCUGAUGAUAACGGGAGUGAGAUGGUGAUUCAGAAUGGAUUUGAUUCCAAUGGGAUCCACGAUUCAUAUCAAUUAAAGGUUGAAAUGGAGAAUAAGAAGCUUGCAAUUGAGGAGGAAGUGGAUCAUCUUUAUGAGAGACUACAGGCUCUUGAGGCGGAUCGUGAGUUCCUUAAGCAUUGUAUUAGUUCUUUGAAGAAAGGGGAUAAGGGAAUGGAUCUUCUUCAAGAGAUCUUACAGCAUCUGCGUGAUCUUCGUCAUGUGGAGUUUCGUUUGAGGAAUUCGAGUGACGGUGCUCUGAUAUGA